CUGCUGCAGCGGCUGAGGGGGGACGGACACACACACACUCGGCCGGGCACAGUCCCUCACAUGCACACACACACAUAUGCGCACACCUCUUCAUUUUCUCCAGCAUCUACACAGUCACAGCCGGGGAGAGGAAGCAGGAGCCGGGUUGCUGCAGACGGUUUGAACCACCUCCUGACAACAGACAGCAGUUGAGAUUAAAUCCUCACUGUGUGGACCCCGCCUUCCGUCACUACGCUGACCGCCCUGAUCGUGUCGUUGAAUCUGGACAAAAGGUUUUCAUCGUGACACACCAGACCAUGGACAGGAACAGGAAGUGGGUGCCGGGCUUUGGAGCUGUACUAUUGACACUUUUGGGUCACAUGACGUCAGCGCUGGAAGUGCCUCUUGAUCCUAAAGUACUGGAAGGAUUGCCCCAACCCCCCACGAUCACGCUACAGUCCCCGAAGGAUUACAUCUUUGAUCCGCGGGAGAACAUUGUCAUCCACUGUGAGGCGAAGGGGAAGCCUCAUCCCAGCUUUUCCUGGACGAGAAAUGGGACCCACUUCGACGUAGAGAAAGACUCCAAAGUUCUGAUGAAGCCCGGCUCAGGGACUCUGGUUAUUGACAUCAGCGGGGAAAAGGCCGAGGCCUACGAGGGGACGUACCAGUGUACGGCUCACAACGAGCACGGCACUGCCGUAUCCAACAGCAUUGUCAUCAGGCAGUCCAGGUCCCCCUUGUGGUCGAAAGAGAGAAAUGAGGCUAUCGUCGUGCAGACGGGGGUCUCCCUGGUGCUGCAGUGCCGACCCCCUGCAGGGCUGCCCCCUCCUGUCAUCUUCUGGAUGGAUAACAACUUCCAGAGGCUACCGCUGGAUAAACGCGUGUCCCAAGCUCUGAAUGGAGACUUGUACUUUUCCAACGUUCUCCCAGAGGACACCAGGAGCGACUACAUCUGCUACGCUCGCUUCCCUCACACACAAACCAUCCAGCAGAAGCAACCCAUCUCAGUCACCGUGCUGGACAUGGAAACAAUGAAUGAGACUGUGGCUGCUUUGUACAAUUUCACUGAUUUCUUUAUUGACAGCCCAGAGGGGGAGCGUCGCCCCGGUUUCAUGUUGCCUCUGGGCACCACCAGCACCAAGAUGGUUCUGAAAGGGGAGACUCUGGAGCUCGAAUGCAUCGCCGAGGGCCUGCCCACUCCAGAGAUCUCCUGGCAGAAGGAUGGAGGAGAGCUGCCAGGCAGCAGGACGUCCUUUUUUAACUUCAAGAAAACACUCAAGGUUUCUGAGGUGAAUGAAGCUGAUGGUGGGGACUACCGCUGUACAGCCACAAACAACCUGGGCACUAUACACCACAUCAUCAAGGUCACUGUCAAAGCGGCUCCUUUCUGGGUCAGCGCUCCCAGGAACCUGAUCCUCGCCCCCAAUGAGACUGGCAUCCUGACUUGUCGAGUCAGCGGAGAGCCCAAACCCAAGAUUAGCUGGUUUGUCAAUGGAGUCCCCAUAGAGAACGCCCCCGAGGACCACAGUCGAAAGGUGGAGGAUGACACUGUAAUUCUUAGCAAUGUCCAAUCAGGGUCCAGUGCCGUCUACCAGUGUAACGCAUCCAAUGAAUUUGGCUACCUGAUGGCAAACGCUUUUGUCAACGUUCUAGCUGAGCCACCAAGGGUGCUCACUCCGCCCAACCGAGUGUACCAGGUCAUCACUAACAACCCUGCGUUACUUCACUGCGCCUCCUUUGGCUCACCGAUACCAACCAUCACAUGGUUCAAAGACAGUCAGACCAGCAUCAAGAAUGGUGACCCUUAUGUGAUCCAUGAGAAUGGCACGUUGGAGAUCCAUGUGGCCCAGCCGCUUAACAGUGGGAAGUACACCUGCAUUGCCACUAACAACCUGGGGAUCAAGGAGAACCAUGUCUACCUGGAGGUUAAAGAGCCGACCCGUAUCCUGAGGCAGCCAGAGUACAAGGUGGUGCAGAAAGGAAUGAGUGCUGUUUUCGAAUGUAAAGUCAAACACGACCCGUCCCUUGUUCCGGUCAUGACCUGGCUCAAAGACAGCGGAGAGCUGCCUGAUGACGAGAGGUUUGUUGUGGACACGGACUUGGACAGUCUGACCAUCAAAGACGUGAGAGCUGGAGAUGAGGGGACCUACACCUGCAUCAUGAACACCACCCUGGACAGGGACUCAGCCAGUGCCAUGCUGACUGUCGUAGAGGCUACUCCCACUCCAGCUAUUGUCUACGAGAAACCUGACCCUCCGACUGACCUGGAACUGACAGACCAGACAGACAGGAGUGUUCAGCUCACCUGGAUCCCUGGAGAUGAAAACAACAGUCCCACACAAAAGUUUUUGAUUCAAUACGAGGAUCUGCUCCACCAGCCCGGAGUUUGGGUCAACCUGACGGAUGUUGCCGGUACCAGCACCACAGCGCAGUUAAGCCUCUCUCCGUACGUCUACUACUCCUUCCGAGUCCUGGCUCUGAACGACGUUGGCUACAGUGAGCCGAGCCAGCCCUCAAGCCAAUACAGGACCAACCCUGCAGCUCCUGAUGAAAAUCCAUCGGAUGUUAAGGGGGAAGGAACAAUGCCUGGCAAUUUAGUCAUCUCUUGGACACCGCUGACAGGAUUUCAGGCAAACGGGCCCGGUCUGGAGUACAAAGUGCAGUGGAGACAGAAGGACGUGGAUGGGGACUGGUCCGCGAAGACUGUGGCCAAUGUCUCCCAAUUUGUUGUGUCUGGAACUCCGACCUACAUACCCUAUGAGAUCAAGGUUCAAGCUUUGAACGAUUAUGGCAAUGCGCCAGAGCCUGACGUAACGGUUGGAUACUCUGGAGAAGACUUGCCUCUGGCUGCACCUGACAGUGUGCAGAUCAUGGUUCACAACAGCACACUAGCGGAGGUACACUGGGAGCCUGUUGCUUUCCCCUCAGUCAGAGGAAGACUGCAGGGAUACAAGGUUUACUACCGGCGUGAGCGCGGCUUGCACGAGACAGAGGAGGACACGGACCAGCAGGAGCAGGUUUUGACGUUCAGUGGGAAUCGUAGUGAGGGACGUCUGCCAGGGCUCCAACCUUACAGCGUAUACAACCUCACCAUCAGGGUCCUCAACAGCAAAGGAGAAGGGCCUCCUAGCCACAGCAAGAAGUUUGAGACACCUGAAGGAGUCCCAGGGCCUCCUUCUUUCCUGAACGUCAUGAAACCUAGUAUGGACUCUCUCACUCUGGAAUGGGGUCCACCAGCGAGCAACAAUGGACGCCUUGCUGGAUACACACUAAAAUAUCAGCCAGUCAACAACACCAGUGAACUGGGACCGGUCAAGGUCAUGAACCUCCUGGCCAAUGAGACCACCGUCACCCUGGGCAACCUGAACUCCAGCAUGCUCUACAAGUUUUACUUAAGUGCAAAGACAAUCAAGGGCUCUGGCCCUGUCAUCACAGAGGAGGCCUUCACAGUCAUGGACACAAUUCGUACUCAGCCCACUGUAGGGCCGGGCAAAGGCCCUACAGAACCCCCUCACCCAACCUCCCCCAUCACUCAGUCUCCGCAUCCCCCGAUUCACAAGGCGCCACCUGUAGGCCCUGCGUUUGGCACAGUUAACACGUCUGUAUCGGAGGACGGUGCAGUGAUCAGUUGGGAUUACUUUGGACACCAUAGGAAUGUAUAUGUGGAGUAUAUUGUAGAAAACAGUAAAGAGGACUGGAAAAAGGAGUUGGUAAACGGUUCACACUGGCAUAUGAUAAAAGGUUUAAAGCCGGGGACGUCCUAUAAAGUCCGUGUGGUAGCUAGAGACCCGGCUGACCCGACGGUCCACAGCACAGACGAAGUGUUGAUUGCGGUGCCAGCUGUCCCCAGCCGGCAGGUAGACAUCGCCACCCAGGGCUGGUUUAUCGGACUGAUGUGCGCCAUCGCUCUCCUCAUCUUGGUCCUCCUCAUAGUGUGCUUCAUCAAGAGGAACAAGGGGGGCAAAUAUCCAGUGAAAGAGAAAGAAGAUGCUCACCAAGACCCAGAGAUCCAGCCUAUGAAGGAGGAUGAUGGGACAUUUGGAGAGUACAGUGACACAGAGGACCACAAGCCGCUGAAGGGCAGCAGGACGCCGUCCAACGGGACGGUGCGCCGUGACGAGAGUGACGACAGCCUGGUGGACUACGGGGAGGGCGGGGAUGGACAGUUCAACGAGGACGGCUCCUUCAUCGGCCAGUACAGCGGCAAGAAAGAGAAAGACACACACGAAGGCAACGAGAGUUCGGAGGCCCCGUCGCCUGUCAACGCCAUGAACUCGUUUGUCUAACGAAGGGGGCACGGCCUGGCUGCGACGGUUGCUACGGCCACUCCAUGUCACCCUGGCAAAUGUGACCAUCUCUGUGUGGUGACAGUUGCUAAGGUGACAGUCGUUGUGGACACCUACUUCUACCAUGGUGGCUGUCACUCCGGUGGCCCCCUCGCCACGGCUACUUGUCACCAAGACUGCUGACACACCCUCAUCUCCCACACCCGCCAACCCCUGUCACACUGUGACCUCCUCUGAUCUACACACACUCAACAUGGCCAAGACACCACAUCCCCCCCAUAACCACUGAAAGAAGGUGUGAAACGAGGGAUGUGAGGACUCUGAGAAGAGGGAAGGAGAGAGGAAGCAAUAUAGAAAAGCAGAAGGAAUGUACCAGAGAGUUUUACCACUCAGACUGAGCAGAAGUGUGUGUGUUAGUGCCAUUUGAUCUCCUUCGCUAAACAUGAUGUAUCCAAAUAUAUAUUUUAUCAGAGUACAGUACAUGACCCGCAGGCAGGCAAAUAUGCAUUGAGUCACGUUCAUAAACAUCUGCAUGGAGUAAAUCAUGAUUCUAGUGAGCAUUUUACCACCUUCGUGUUGCAGAGGUGAGCUGUGUGUUGAGACUGUGUUUGGUGCACGCCUACUAGCGACUGGAUAUUCCUUUUAUUGUUUUUUUUUUUUUUUUCUUCAGUCAAAGUGUUAAAUGGCGUAUGAUAUAUAGAGAAAAAACUGGCGGCAGGUCUUUGUGGACACUGCCGCGAAAAGUGUGACUCAAAGUAGAAGCUAGCAUAUGUCUUUUUGAGACAGAUGAACUGUUUGUACAUAUGUAAUAGAAUAAGAAGAAAGAUAUAUUUCAAGGUCGGGGUUGUCAAUGUGUAGUCAUUGGAAACCUGGCUAGAAACACUUCGGACUCAGCGUUCAGUCACCAGCCGGCCAGAACUCCCACAUUUACUCCAAUCCAAUUCUACCCUCAUGUUUUCUCAAACUUGUUCUUUGCACGCUUUUUUCCCUUUGCUUCUCUCUCCCGAUCUGUUCCUAAACACAGAGCCUUUGCUUCCCUCUCCCGAUCUGUUCCUAAACACCGAGCCUUUGCUUCCCUCUCCCGAUCUGUUCCUAAACACCGAGCCUUUGCUUCUCGCUACUGAGCACUAACUGAACAGCUGAGGUUGAUCCACUGUCACUGUCAUGUGCUUCCACCCCAGCGUCGUGGCCACUGUGCACGCCUUUCUUCAAGGCGAUCUUGGUGUUGUCAGAACCACCCGCUGCCCCAGCAUUGUCUCCAUUAGCAUUUCCACUCAUGUACUGGCAGAAAGAAAGGUUACACACAAUAAAUACACCUGAGCAGGGUUCAGUGAUACUCGCUUUAAUUUCUGGAUGACUCGAUUUUGAUGAUCAAGAACCUCUCAGCACGGUUUCUAGUGCCUUCGUAGAGAACAGUGACAUAGAUCCAUGGAGUUGCAUCCCUCCGCAUACACAGGACAGACCUGGGAUCAGUGCAGUUCCUAAGAGUCCAUGACCAUACUUUGCAUACAGACUACCACCUCAUAUUGCUCAAAAAACAAAAAAAAAUCUUGGAAAAAUAAUCGCUGUUUCAGAAUUUGCUCCAAAGGGCAAGUUAAAACUAAGGCCUCUUUUUUGGAGCUGUUUAGUCACCAAGUCUGUAAAACAGUUUUUUAAACAUCCACGUGGGCUCAUUAAAGGUAUACUCUGCAGGAAUUGGUGGCUGUUGUUCGUGAACAGUAUCGCCAGCCCCAGUUUUUUCCAUCUGGCAUUUUGCUUCGUUAUAUUUGCGCUUUGUUAGUUUGUCCGCAAUUUCUUCAGCUUCCUCUCUGAUGCAUGCUGCUUACAGUCUGGCACCUGGGGCCUCAUUACAGAAACUUCCCAAGUCUGAAAUCCUGUCUUAUCUCAGUUUAGGGUGACAUUAAGGUUUUUUGGUGUGACAGAAACAUGUUUCCAAACUGCAUUUAGGAAAAUAUGUUACAUUAGCUUUGGAUGUGAAGUUGGCUAUUUAGGACCGUCCUAGCUUAGAGAUUUCGGAAGUUAGGAUGGGACAGACUCUGUCCUUCAAAAUACCUGCUAAUAAUGGUGGCAGCACUGUUAGAUUUGUUUGGCACUGAGUGCCUUUACAUGGACAGAUUAAUUCCCUUUUCAUUCGGAAUGAAAGUUCAUUCCUAAUAAAAGUGAUCUUGUAAACACCUAAUUCGGAAUGAAAAUGGACAAUGCGAUUGAAAAUUCAUUCCGAUGUAAGGGGCUGGAAUAUUCCGUUUCUCAUUCCGAAUGAAAGAAUUUCUCGUACUUGUAUACACUCAGUCCUCUUUAAGUUCAUUCCGGUCUUUCUGUGCAUGCUCGUUUCCUUGCCCUUCUGGCGUGAUGACGUAUAUAGCGCACACGGGACUCGUUGCACUAACUGGUUUCCGUUCACCAAAGCACGGUCUUCUAUCUCCCUUCCUCGACCUUCUACCUCCCUUCUCCUCCUCAACAGACGAAGCAUUAGCAGAACAAGGUUGUUGUCGUACUGCUGCUUCAAGAAUAUAAGCAAAACAAGCCCGAAAAAGGCACUAAGAAAGGCGUCGUCAAGCAUCUUGUUAUCCGGAACGAGGACUACAGUGUUUUCUUCCGGUAAACGUAAACAUGUAACAUCUGCCCUGCCCCCUAUCCAAUCAGAAACCUUCCCUCCCCACCUUCCCCAAACCUUGCGCGGACCGAAUAAAGGCGAUUAAACUGACACUGAAGAUAGGAAACAACAUGAACUCCAAAAUAUGAUUGAAAGUCUAAUCAAACUGUCACUUUAAAUUUCAAUAAAUAACUCAAAUUAAUAAUAAAAGGUGUGGUUUCCCCUCCAACUCCUCGUAGCCAAUAUUGAAUGCCCGUCUCUUUUUGUCCGUGAUAGCAAGCUAGCUAGCCAGUGAAAAGUGAGAGCCAUUGAAAUUUUUGAAAUUUUCUUUAAUCAACAAUAUUUUUAUUCAGUUCACAACAGGUAUCAAAUUAAAGCAUAUAUAUGACGGGAACAAAACAUGAAAUCCAAUCACAAUCCUCAUUCCACAAACCCCUAGUAACAGCCGGAAUAUCGUCAAUAGGACGGUCCUCCAUCUCCUGAAUAGUACGAAAAAUGACAGAUGAGGUGAUAGUCAGGCUCAAUAUGAAAAGAGGCAUGGAGAGAUGCCUCUGUAAAAGGCAGGUUCAGAAUGAUGGGGUACUUUAUUAGAGUAUACACAAAGAGAUGAUGAAUGAACCAGAUUGACGAUAGAGUCCUAUACACUGUCCGACAGUGAAGUGUUAAAAUCUUGUUCUAUAGUACUUUAAUCAAAGAUACAGGCAGGACAGGACAAGUGCCAACUGACAAUUGAGUUACAGUUAUAGUUAGGAUUAAAGAAGUUAAGAUAGGAGGUCUGAAAUAGGAUCGGACACAGCCAUGAGUUUAGGAUUAGCUUCUGUAAUAGGAAGAUAGGAUUUCUCUUAUCUUUGAAACGAUAGAAAGAUAGGACAAGCAGUUGAAUAUUUUUUCUCUAAUGAGGCUCCUGGUUUCUAAAAAGUCCCGACCUCACCUGACAACACAUUCUCACUCCGACCUCGUCACACAUUGACGUUUGGUCAUGGACUUUCCACGUCCCGAUACGACGUGCAAGGUGUCACAGGUGCGUUGGUUGUUGACGUUCUGGGACAGUGUCUCAAGUUCUGCCUGUUACAUGAUUUGUCUUCUUUCAAAAUACACUUCUGUUUUCACAGGAAAUUUAACGUUCUUUCAAAUAAACUACGUUGGUACAAAACCGCAAAUUGACGGGUUUUUUUCCCUUCAACAACAAAUGCACGUGGUUGGGUUUAGGAAUAAAAAGGUCGGCCGAACACCGUUCUCUCGAGUGACAGUCGGGGUUUGUUGGACUCAUCCACCAAACCUCCCACCCACCCCACUCGGACUUUCCCUGCCUUAUUUUUGUUCUUGUCCCGCAACGUUUCCUCUGACGCCACUGGGCAGCAUUAAACUAUACUGACAACCGGCUGUGUUUCAUGCCGACGUAAAAUGAUGGCUUUUUUUCAUCUGUGUUUGACACCGCAAGUCACUGCCCAAGCGCCGGAUUUUGACGACUUCGGAGUGAGACCAGAUCGCCUGAGCACUGUGGGGGUGCACGCUCAGGAACGUCUUGACCACAGCAAAGAAUAAAAGGAAAUACAGGCUGAGGGCAGAGUCAGCGCAGAUACACCACUUCACGCGUCAUAAGUGAUGAUUGAGAGGGAUUAUGUUUUGUUUGAAUCUUUACAUUUUUUUAAGGAGAACCCUGCAUAGUAUACCUUUAACUUAACACAGCCUCUUUGAGUCUCACUUUGGGUUCCAGGUUCCUACACAGAACUCACGGUUGUACACGGUUGCAAGGAAUAAUUUUCAGCUGUAGAUUGUUAUGGCCUUGUUGACAAUCAUACACCCAUCAUCAUCAUCAGCACAUGAUAUACAAACACACCACCAAAUCAUCAUCAAGCUAUGAAUAAAAGGCAAAUGUGUGGAAUAUUAAAAUGUGUAGGAAACCUGAGGUCAGAGCACGGACGCUUCACGAGAUGUCUUCAUGUAUUCAUUUCCAACAUUCUCCUCCUAACACGUUCAUCUUUAGGAGGAGCCGCUGCUCCAGCAGCACUAAACUACUGCCAACCUACUCACCAGGUAACUGCCAACGGGAACCAGACUCACCAUCUGGUACGGACUACUGUUAGAGCGGGACUUCCUGUCACUGGUAGCACUUAGAAAUGAAGGCGUUGGAUGAAUUACGUAAUGAUGCUGAAUGUGGAAACAAGUGUAUCUGUUUAUGUGAAUGAAAAAUAUUGCUUGUUUCACUGCAAACGGUAAAAACACUGGUGACUUUGGUUUAUGCAUUUAACCUUAUAUCUGUGUAUGUUGUCACGUUCUGAGCGCCGCACUCAGUGAGUUUUCUAUUACUGUAAAUGAAUGAAGCUUGUGUGUGAAUGUUUGGGUGCACGAGUGUGUGCGUGUGUGUGUGUGUGCAGCACAUGCAUGCUACUGUGUUACAGCGUGCGUGAUGUAUAAAAUUGCUUUUCCAUGGAUAACAGUCGAUAAUUCUGAUGUGCGUCUACUCUCGACAGGAGAUACAAGACCUUUUUUUUUUUUCAGAGAACAUUUCCACGCCUUAGGUUUAUCAUAACUUGCAUCAAGUUUUUAGGUUGCGAUGUGUCAGCUUUCCACGUGUAGAUAUUUUUGUUGUAUUUUGUAAAUAAUGGCUUGACUUGAGAGCAGACGUGUUGAGGUCACAGAGGUGAGAGCUCGGCCUCAGUGAGCCCCCCCCUCCCGCUGCAUUAUGGGUGGGAGGGUGUUGUGUGAGAUGAGACUAUUUACAGUUUUCACUCUUUCAUUUGCUGUGAAAUUUUAUUUCUUUCAUAUUUUUUUUUGAACUUGUCAGGUGAAUUUGCUAGCUCAAAUGUUUAGCCUAUCAGGUAUCAAAGGAGAUUAUUUAACUUGUGACUGAGCUCUUGUGACACCUGUUUUGUUUCUGUCUCCAACAGUUCAUGCACCUUUUCUGUAUUUUUUAUAAAAAAAAAAAGGCACUUGCUUAACAAGGAUGUGUCAUUUCAAACACAUCCGCGCAUCCAGUUUAUGUCAACAUCUGGUACCUGAACGCAGCAUGUUGCCCCAAACUAGACAUCAGAUGAAUCUGACACAUCCUUUUUAAGAGUGUGCGCCUAAAACAAACAAAACAAAGCUAUAAUUUGGAGCAUACUGAAGGAUGGCUGGCAUGGACGGAUAAACAGACUGGCGUGAAAACCCUGGACACAAUGUUCUAGUGACUGGUGAACAUACAGUAGGAUAUAACGUAUAUGAUAUGAUAUAAUAUGACAUUCUGGUUAAUGUUGAAGCGACAUGAGAAGCAUGAAAGGCUGUCGAAAUGGUUUACUCUACAAUAUAAUAUUGCAAAAUAUUUUGUAUUUUAAAUGAAGUUUAAAAAAACGAAAUAAAUGUUGG